AGUUUGAUAAUAACAAGUUACGAUGGGAAAUAUUCUUUUCAGAAACUGUAGUGUUUCUAGGUGUAAUUUUACUAGUAAAGUGUAAUACACUUUUCAGCAAUUUCGUUCCUAAAUUGCCUAUUCGCAAAUUAUCUAAUUCACUGGCUACAAAAAAGAUUGCAAAACAAUGUAAG